GCAUUUAAAGCAGAUUUACCUGAUAAAUUAGGGGAAGUCUGUGUAGUAGGUCAGCCAUGGUGGGGACGACAACAGGUGACAAGCGUCAUUGCCCUGAAAAGGAUGCUAAGCAUCCUCCGAGUACCGCUACUACGGAAUACUGCGCCAAGUUGCAGCAGUGGAUGUGGCAGUAUUACUGGGAAUAUGCUGGCUGGCAGAGCUGGGCGACUCUGUCAGCUUUUCCCUUUCCUCCUCCGUGCAGUUUCCCUCUGCCGGGGACAAGCGCUCAGACACCGGGUUCACCUGCCUCGACUUCCGGGACUGGGCAGCAAGCUUUCGACUCACGUAACUGGUACAACCACCCGUAUCCUUUUAGUUUCCCUGCAUCCUUCCCUCAUCCUGGUGCCCCCCAGACGGAGCAGAGCACAGCCGCGACUCCAGCUACAGCCCGGACAACCCAGCAUCAGAAUGGGAAUCCACCUCAGCCAGGACGGGAGUACACCAUCCCCUCUCCUCUUCAGAGGUUCCUGGCUGAGACAGUGGACUUCUUCAUCUUGUUUUGUGUGAAGGCCACCAUCGUGCUGUGGAUCAUGCAUCUGAGUGGGAUGAAGGACAUUGCCAAAUUCAUAACCCACUUCAUUGUGGAGGAGAUCGAUGAGAACACGUCCAUGGAGGACCUGCAGAAGAUGAUGGUUGUGGCUCUAGUCUACAGGGUUCUAGUUUGUGUGUAUGAGAUCAUCUGUAUCUGGGGCGCUGGUGGUGCCACACCAGGGAAGUUCCUGCUUGGCCUGCGGGUGGUGACCUGUGACACAUCCACUUUGGUCCGACCUAACCGUGUCCUUGUGGUCCCAGCAUCGAACGUCUCCCUAUCUGCCUCUACUGUGCGGGCACUGAAUAAGAACUUCUCCAUCGCCUUCCUUUUUCCCGUCUUCAUCACUUUGCUCUUCUUCCAGCACAACAGGACUGUGUAUGACAUUGUGGCAGGGACCAUUGUUGUCCAGCGCAGAGGGGGCAGAUAGCCUUUUCUCCAGCAGCAGACUCUUAUAUGCAGCGGGAAUGAUGGUGCAUGGCAGGCCUAUGGGUACAGAGUGUCCAACAAUUUGAACUUAUAUCGGUCACAAAUGAACAGGCUUUGAAAACAGCAAUG